AUGAAGACCGCUAUCAUCGCAUCCCUUAUCGCCGGCGCCGCCGCUUUCGCUCCUUCCCAAAAGGCUGCAUCCAGCACCCAACUCGCUGGAGGCAAGGAGUCCUUCGGAAGCGAAAUCGGAGCCCAAGUCCCUCUCGGAUACUGGGAUCCUUUGGGCUUCAUGCGUGAUGCCGACCAAGCUGAAUUCGACCGCAUGCGCUGGGUCGAGUUGAAGCACGGACGUGUUGCCAUGCUUGCCGUUGUUGGAUACCUUACCACCUACGCCGGUGUCCGAUUCCCCGGAGCUGAGGAUGUCCCAUGCGGUUUCGCCGCCCUCUCCGCUGAUGUCCCACAGAUGCUUUGGGCUCAAGUUAUUGCCACCUGGUUCAUGAUGGAAGCCGCCAACCAAGAUCAGUCCAAGGCUCCUUGGGGCACCGGAGCUGCUGAUGUCAACUUCAACGCCGAAUUCAAGGGUGACUUCCGUAAUGGAUUCAUUGACUUUGGAUGGGACAAGCAGUCCGCCGAAUGGAAGACAAAGAAGCGUGCCCUUGAAUUGAACCAAGGACGUGCCGCCCAAAUGGGAAUCCUUGGUCUUAUGGUCCACGAGAAGUUGGGCAACGUUGCUGACAUCCUUCCUUUGGCCAAAUAA